UUUCAGGAUCGGUAUUCGGUUUCAGUCGGUGUGUGCGCGCUUAUGAACUUUAUUGAAUCAAAAUCGCGCGGGGUGAAUUAAGUAUUAUAUACUUUUAUUAUAUACAAAAAAGGAGGAUUAAUUAUUAUUAUUAUUAUUAUUAUUGGUGGAUUGACUAUUAUUGGAUAUUGUGGGUGAGUGUGUGUCUGUUGGCAUCCUCGACCGCCUCUCGACACACAUGCCCUCGCUUCGUAAUGAGCUAUUAUUCCCAAGGAAAGGGGCGUCUUUAUCCCGCUUACAGCCUGAGCGGUUCCGAGGGUGAAGAGUCGCCGUCCGGACGACGUUUCGGUCACGCGUACCAGCACCCGUUAUAUCAGCAACCGGCCGGAUUGAGCGACACUCCGACUUCGGAAAACGCUUCAGACGCUACUUUGACCGAUAGCGAAUUGGCUCUGGCUAGGGAUUCAACGUUACUCGUCCAUAACGGUUGUUUACUAGAUAACGCCCCGCGUCCUCCAGAUGUACCACCAAGAAAUCCGACAAUGAACAGACACAAUGGACGCCUAGCGUCCGCACCUCCACAAGAUCCCAAUCAGGAUUUUGAACCUUCUUGUUUGGUGAGGACGCCUUCAGGGAACGUCUACAUACCCAGUGGGACUUUAAAUCAUUCAAAAAACUCGGUAAUCGACUACAAACCAAACUCAUCCUGCAGCAGUCCAUCAAAAGACAUGAAAAACUCGAUUCCAGUGGGCCAAGUUGGGACAAACAGUUUGUCUUAUGGUGGCCAAAUGCCCGUUUUACCCGUCCGCAACAAUUUGAGAAGACCUAACAGCAGCCACUUUCCACCCACUGCGUCCAGGUUUCAUUUUAGGAAAGGCCUAGCAUCCAGGUGUACCUGGAAAUGUACAGCGAUUGGUUUUAUCGUUGUUUCUGUCGUUUUGAUUGCCGCUUUGUCUUAUAUAUCAGCAUCGAGCCUCCUAAGCUGGUCCUACCAAACAACCAAACCUUGUGCGGUGCUUGUGGGUGAUAAUACCGAAAUCGUUCCUGCCUCAAAAACCGCUCCAUCUGAAACCAACCAAUCGACAUCAAGUAGGCCAAAGCCUGCGACAUCUACUGCAAAUAGUGGAGGUAAAACUGUAGUGAGAAAUCGUAGAGACCUACUGCAUGAAUCAGUGUUUUUUCCAAGUAGUUUGCAUGGGCCUGAUGAUGAUGAUGAGGGUAUUUUGUUGCAUGAAAGUGUUUCUUCCACUAAUACUAGUCCUACUUUAUCCUCAACUACUGAUGAUGAGGCACUGCUAACAACUACUGAAGAAGACUCAGAGACAAUAACCACUGAAGAAGACUCAGAGACAACAACCACUGAAGAUUUAGUUGAUGAACAAACAACUACUGCAAGUGAAGAAGAUGUUGCUCCAAAUUCCAACGAAAUGCAACACGAUUCGCCAAUUUUUACCGUCGAUAAACUGGAUUCAUCCAAAGAACUCACUGAUGUAAACUUAGCAGUGCCUCCUCCCGAAUUCCCUCACCUCAAACACCAACAACCAAAAGUCCAGUUCUUUGAAAUCCCUCCUCAACAAACCACCAAGCGCAUAUUGGUAAAUGUUACAAUAGCCACAGAUCCCGAUCCUCAAACUCCUCAAUCAGUUUACGUGCUGUCUGUUUCUGUGCCCACUAACGGGCAAGAUCCAAUUGUUAAAGAAGCUCCUUUUGUUGAAAAAGCUAACACGGAGCAUGCGGAGCACCAGGGUGGAGCUUGCGAGUGCGAGUGUCCUUGCUUAUCUGCAUCUAAUGAACUUUUAGAUUUUAAUAACGGUUCGGAUUAUUACGACUACGAUGGCCUGUUUUCUUCCAAAGAGUAUGGGCCCAAGAAAAUUACUACUACUGAAGAACCCACUAGUAGUAGUGCCUGUCCUGAAGUCACAACAAAACUACCUCAACCGCCUACUAUACUUAUAUUGGAAGGUGCGCGUACGUUUCCCGCUCACUCAUUUCCACCAGACGGUACCACCUUUUCGCAAACCUCCCUAGGUCAAAGGCUGACCAAAGAAAUCCCUCCUUACGGUUACUGGAACAUGCAGUUUUACCACCCUGAAGCAGCCUAUGUAAAGUUCGACUAUAGUAUACCAAGAGGAGCAAGCAUAGGUGUUUAUGCAAGAAGAAACGCCUUACCAACCCAUACCCAAUAUGACAUUUUAGAGGUUUUGAGUGGGUUCAAAGCUAGAACAACUAGAGCGUCACAUUCCACAGUUAAAAAAGAAGUCACCCACUACAUGGAGCAAGGCCACUGGUUUCUCUCCUUAUACAACGAUGAUGGAGACCCACAAGAAAUCACAAUGGAAGCUGAAGUGGCAGAUGACAUGACCCACAACUGUCCUAAUGGAUGUAGCGGCAAGGGCGAGUGCCUUAUGGGCCAUUGCCAAUGUAAUCCUGGAUUUGGAGGAGACGAUUGUAGUGAAAGUGUAUGUCCAGUCUUGUGCAGUCAACGAGGCGAAUACAUCAACGGCGAAUGCCAAUGUAAUCCAGGCUGGAAAGGCAAAGAGUGCCAACUCAGACACGACGAAUGCGAAGUUCCAGAUUGUAACGGACACGGCCAUUGCGCCAACGGUAAAUGCAACUGUAUCCGCGGAUACAAGGGCAAGUUUUGCGAAGAAGCCGAUUGUCCUCAUCCCACUUGCUCAAGUCAUGGAUACUGCCUGGAAGGCUCCUGUAUAUGCAAAAAGGGCUGGAAAGGUCAGGACUGCUCGCAAAUGGACAAGGAAGCCUUGCAGUGUUUGCCGGAUUGUUCCGGGCAUGGUAGUUUUGAUUUGGAGUCGCAGACUUGCACCUGUGAGCCUCGCUGGUCCGGAGAAGAUUGUUCUAAAGAACUUUGCGAUUUGGACUGCGGCAACCACGGCCACUGCGUUUCCGAAGCGUGCCAGUGCGAUCCCGGCUGGUCUGGGGAGUUUUGCAACUUGAAACAGUGCGAUCCCAGAUGCAACGAGCACGGCCAGUGCAAAAACGGCACUUGCCUGUGCGUUACAGGCUGGAACGGCAAACAUUGCACUAUAGAGGGAUGUCCGAACAGUUGCUCGGCGCACGGACAAUGUCGGUUCAACGGUGAUGGUAUGUGGGAGUGCAGGUGCGACAAUGGCUGGGACGGACCUGAUUGCAGUGUUUUGUUGGAGCAAAAUUGUAAUGAUGGAAGAGAUAAUGAUAAAGAUGGUUUGUCAGAUUGUGAAGAUCCAGAGUGUUGCUCAGAUGCGGUAUGUAAAAGCAGCCAGUUGUGUGUUUCUUCUCCAAAACCCAUUGAUAUUUUGUUGAGGAAGCAACCCCCUGCCAUUACAGCCUCAUUCUUUGAACGAAUGAAGUUUCUCAUUGACGAAGGAAGUUUACAAAACUAUGCCCGUCAAGAAACAUUCAAUGAAAGUCGCUCUGCAGUGGUUCGAGGUCGUGUGAUCACCCAAAUGGGCACAGGUCUUAUGGGGGUACGCGUCAGUACCAGUACCCCCUUGGAAGGUUUCACCCUUACCCGGGACGAUGGCUGGUUUGACUUGUUGGUCAAUGGAGGGGGAGCUGUGACACUACAAUUUGGUAGAUCGCCUUUUAGGCCUCAAAACCACAUAGUUUUUGUACCAUGGAAUGAAGUUGUAAUAGUAGACAAUGUCAUUAUGACUCUAGGAGAAGAAAAAGCUGUUUCACUGAUAGCGCAGCCUUGUACCACACAUGAUUAUGAUACAAUGAAGCCUGUUGUGCUUGCAACUUGGAAACAUGGAUUUCAAGGUGCUUGUCCAGAUAAAAGUGCCAUUUUAGCUGAGUCUCAGGUGAUUCAAGAAAGCUUAGAAAUAGCUGGAACUGGUUUACACUUAGUAUAUCAAAGCUCACGUGCAGCAGGGUAUUUGUCUACAAUCCAGCUGCAAAUAACUCCUGAAGUUAUACCAGCAACUCUUAAGUUAAUACACUUAAGGAUUACAAUUGAAGGAAUUCUUUUUGAAAAAGUUUUUGAAGCAGAUCCCAUUAUUAAGUUCACUUAUGCCUGGAACAGAUUGAAUGUCUACAGGCAAAGAGUAUAUGGUGUGACUACUGCUAUAGUCAAAGUUGGCUAUCAAUACAGUGAUUGUAAGGAGAUUAUUUGGGAUGUACAAACCACUAAACUAAGCGGACACGAUAUGAGUAUUUCUGAUGUUGGAGGCUGGAAUUUGGAUAUACAUCAUCGAUACAAUUUCCAUGAAGGCAUUCUUCAAAAGGGUGACGGCUCUAACAUUUACCUUAAACACAAACCCAGAGUUAUACUGACAACGAUGGGUGACGGACAUCAACGACCUCUGGAUUGUAACGAUUGUGAAGGGCAGGCAACCAAACAAAGACUUUUAGCACCUGUAGCUUUGGCCAGUGACAGGGAUGGUUCCAUUUACGUGGGGGAUUUCAAUUUAAUAAGGAAAAUACAAACUGAUGGAAUCGUCAAGACUUUGGUCAGAUUGAACGCAACACGUGUUUCCUACCGGUACCACAUGGCUUUAAGCCCGAUGGAUGGUACCCUAUACGUCUCCGAUCCAGAAUCGCACCAGAUAAUCAAAGUCCGCAACACCGAUGACUUCAGCGAUCCCGAUCACAAUUGGGAAACUGUAGUAGGCUCAGGCGAGCGAUGUCUGCCAGGCGAUGAAGCCCACUGUGGAGACGGAGCCUUAGCAAGAGACGCCAAACUAGCUUAUCCAAAAGGAGUUGCAGUUUCAAAUGAUAAUGUAUUAUAUUUUGCCGAUGGAACAAACAUAAGAAUGGUUGAUAGGGAUGGCAUUGUCACUACUGUUAUAGGAAAUCACAUGCACAAAUCACAUUGGAAACCAUUGCCUUGUGAAGGCACUCUAAACAUUGAAGAAGUCCAUUUAAGAUGGCCCACAGAGCUGGCAAUGAAUCCCUUAGAUAACACCCUCCACAUAAUUGACGACCAUAUGAUUCUACAAUUGACAACAGAUGGAAGAGUCAAAGUAAUUGCUGGACGGCCUUUGCAUUGUGCUUCACCCCUUUCUGGUUAUGACGUUGAUUUAGCAACCCAUGCCACUUUAGUGAUGCCUCAAAGUAUUGCAUUUAGUUCAGCAGGAAAUCUAUAUGUGGCUGAAAGUGAUUCACAACGAAUCAAUAGAGUUCGAGUAAUUGAAACUGAUGGCAAGAUUUCUCCGUAUGCUGGGGCAGAGUCAAAGUGCAACUGCUUGGAGCGGGGAUGUGAUUGUUUUGAAGCUGAUCAUUAUUUGGCUGCAAAUUCCAAAUUUAACACAAUAUCAGCUGUUACCAUAAGUCCUGAUGGACACGUACACAUAGGGGAUCAAGCUAAUUACAGGAUAAGAUCUGUUAUGGCUAGCAUUCCAGACUCAAGCAUAUCAAGAGAGUAUGAAAUUUACAGUCCAGAAACUCAAGAGAUUUAUAUUUUUAAUAGGUUUGGGCAACAUAUAGCUACAAAGAAUAUUUUAACUGGGGAAACUAGCUAUGUUUUCACGUAUAAUGUUAACACAAGCAAUGGCAAGUUGAGUACUGUUACAGAUGCUGCAGGCAAUAAGGUGUUUUUACUUAGAGACUAUUCCAGUCAAGUGAAUUCUAUUGAAAAUACUAAAGGGCAAAAAUGUCGCUUGAAAAUGUCCAGAAUGCGAAUGCUGCAUGAACUAAGCACACCUGAUAACUACAAUGUUACAUUUGAUUAUCAUGGGCCAACUGGGCUGUUGAAGACCAAAUUAGACAGCAGUGGAAGAAGUUACGUGUACAAUUAUGAUGAAUUUGGAAGACUGACUUCAGCAGUGACACCUACAGGCAAAGUAAUCAACUUGUCGUUUGACUUAAGCAUCAAAGGCGCAACAGUAAGGGUCAGUGAAAAUGAAGAAAGACAUGUUGCCAUGCUUAUAAAAGGAUCUACUGUUUCUACUAAGGUUGAUGAUACAGAAAAUAAAAUAAUUCUUUAUCCGGAUGGUGGAGUUGCCAGCUUGACAGCUUGGGGCCACUCAAUCACAACAGACACUGUUCCUUAUAAUAUUUUGGCUGAUAAAGAAGCCUUACUAGGUGAGAGUUAUCCUGUGCCUAGCAAACAACGUACUGAAAUAGGAGGAGAUUUGGCAAACAGAUUCGAAUGGAGAUAUUACGUCAGGCCUAAUCAAAACGCUAAAAACAACAAAAACAUUCUCAGAUCUAUAGCAAAAGUAGGCAAAAAAUUACGAGUCAACGGCGAAAACAUCCUUACAAUGGAGUACGAUAGAGAAACUGCUUCAAUAAGCGUCUUUAUGGACGACAAAAUCGAACUCCUAAAUGUCACAUAUGACAGAUCCUCAAGGCCAAUUAAGUUCGGGCCUAAAAAUGGCCUAUUUGCUGAAGUGGAGCUUGAAUAUGACAGAUUCAGCAGGCUGAGCAGCUGGAAGUGGGGUGAAUUAAGUGAAACUUACGGCUUUGACAGAGCAGGCCGAUUGUUUGAAAUAAAAUACUCUGAUGGGUCUUCUUUGCAAUAUGCUUUCAAAGAUAUGUUUAGUAGUUUGCCACUCAAAGUUACAACUCCAAGAGGCUCAGAUUAUCUACUCCAAUACGAUGAUUCUGGGGCAUUGCAAUCCUUGACAACCCCUCGAGGCCACAUUCACACAUUCUCCCUACAAACCUCGUUGGGCUUUUUCAAAUACCAAUACUUCUCGCCAAUGAAUCGCCAUCCCUAUGAAAUAAUGUACAACGACGAUGGGCAAAUUUUAGCUAAAAUUUUCCCGCACCAAUCAGCAAGGGUUUCUUAUGUCUACGACGUUGCCGGCCGGUUGGAAACAACUUUAGCUGGAAUGAGCUCCACUCAUUAUACUUACCACGAUGUUUUGGGGCUUGUGAAGAAUGUCGAGAUUGUGGAACCCAAUUUUGAGCUUAAGCAAGAGUUUAAGUACCAUUCAGGGGUUUUGAAGGAUGAAAAGUUGAAGUUUAACGUCAAGAGUGGACUGGACAAUGGACAUUACAAGUACCAGUACGAUGGAAAUGCUAGAUUAUCCAGUAUAGACGUGGACAUCAACGGCAAAGAACUGCCUCAGCUCAAACUCAAAUACAACCAAAACCUCGGCGUCCUGGAAAGCGUCAGCGACCUGCGAAUCUACAGAAACACCUUCAACAGAUCAGUAAUGCAAGACACUGGCAAACAAUUCUUUAGCAUAACCGAUUACGACGACCGAGGCCGUCUAAAAUCCCUUUUAAUCAACAUUAAAACCUUUGACGUAUUUCGCAUGGAACUAGAAUACGACUUCCGCAACAGAAUUAAACAACAAAAGCUUUUAGUAGGCAGAACUCAAUUCAUGGACCGAAUAAACUACAACUCAGACGGACACGUUUUAGAAGUAGUCGGCACAAGUAACUGGAAAUAUGUAUAUGACGAAAACGGCAACAUCCAAGCCACAAUAAAAGACAAAGACAAAACAACUUUAGGCUACGAUAGUGGCGACAGAGUGGUGCAAUACGGCGACAUAGAAUUCAACAGUUACGACAACAGUGGGUUUGUAGUAAGAAGAGGCGAGCAAAAAUAUAGAUUCAAUCCCAAAGGCCAACUAAUUCACGCAUUUGAACGUGAAAAGUUCCAGACUUGGUACUACUACGACGACAAAAGUCGCCUAAUUGCUUGGAACGAUGACAAAGGCAACGUGACCCAGUACUUCUACGCUAACCCUAGCACUCCAGAUUUAGUAACACAUUUACAUUUCCCUAAAAGUGGCCGCACUUUUAGAUUCCUCUAUGACACCCGUGACGUAUUAAUUACAGUUGAAACAAUGGAGCAAAGGUUUUAUGUUGCAGCAGACCAAAACGGAAGUCCGCUAGGUUUAUUUGAUAUUAAUGGCAAUUUGAUUAAGGAAAUUAGAAGGACUCCAUUUGGAAAUGUUGUCUUAGACACAAAUCCUGACUUCUACUUAGCAGUUGAUUUUCAUGGAGGCAUCUACGACCCCAAUACAAAACUUAUAUACAUCAACAAGCGAUUCUAUGACCCUAUUGUUGGCCAAUGGGUGACUCCGGCCUGGGAAAAACUAGCUUCCAAACUUACAACUCCUACAGACAUUUUCAUCUACAGAUUCCUCAACAAUGAUCCUAUUAAUGCUAAAUAUUCUACCAAUUAUAUGACAGAUUUGAAGAGUUGGCUGCAAUUGUUUGGAUACGAUAUUGAGAAAAUGUUGGGGUCUCAGUAUGUUGGCAAUAUGGUUUACAAGCCUCAAGCUACAGUGUCUGCUCCGCAAUUGGCUCCUGAUUUCGGGAUCAUGUCUGGAUUACAGUGUAUGGUGGAUAAGGUAAACGAAAAAUUCACAGACAUGAGCUUCGUACCGAAACCGCUCCUGAAAAAAGAACCGAAAACCCGCAACCUCUUGCCCAGAGUAGCAUUUAGAAAAUCUGUUUUUGGCGAAGGCGUUCUACUAUCCAGAGUGGGCAACCGAGCCCUGGUAAGCGUAGUAGAAGGUGUCAACGGUGUAGUCCAAGACGUAGUAACUUCAGUCUUCAACAACUCCUAUUAUUUACCUUUGCAAUUCAGCAUCCAUGAACAAGACUAUUUUUAUUUUGUCAAAGAUAACUUAUUGAAAAUCCGAGACGAUUUAGAAGAACUUAGACGAUUAGGUGGCAUGUUUAAUGUGUCCACUCACGAAAUUACCGAGCACAACUAUCCAACUCCUCUAAAAGAGUUGCGACUUCACAAUCCUGACGCUGUCAUUAUAAUCAAAUACGGAGCAGAUUCCAGACAAGAAACCCACAAAAUUCUCAGACACUCACAUAAAAGAGCCAUUGAACGAGCAUGGGAAAUAGAAAAACAACUCAUAGCAGCAGGAUUUCAAGGCCGAGGCGAUUGGACUGAAGAAGAAAAAGAAGAACUAGUUUCCCAUGGAUAUGUAGACGGAUACGAAGGCAUUGAUAUCCAUAGUAUCCACAAAUAUCCACUAUUAGCAGAUGAUCCAGGUAAUGUAGCUUUUCAAAGGGAUUCAAAAAGAAAGCGAAGAAAGAGCGGUACGAGAAGAGGCCUUAUGCGGAUACACAGGCACGAUUCUUCGUAAUAGGAAAUUGUGUGUUUAUGUGUGCCAUAAGUUGUCAACCUAGUCUUUGUCCAAUUGUGUAAGAAUGAUGUAAAAAGCAAUCAAAAAGGGCCUAUAUCUAUAAGAACUUUUUGUUUUUCCUACUACAGGGUAGCCUAGAAAAUACUCAGAAUUAUAAUACCCAAAAUAGCUGUAUGUAAAUAUAGAAACAGAAAGCUUUUUUUUUAUAUAUAUAUAUAUAUAUAUAUAUAUAUUAGAAGUUUAUGCUUUUUGGUAAAAAUUACAUAAUAUAGCAUUUUCCUGACUGACUUUGUAGCAAAAAAUUCCAAUCACUUGUACAUAAUUUAUUUAUUAUUAUUAAGUUUUUAUAAUUUUAUAUUGGUGCUUAUUUUUUUCUUUGUUAGGGUCAAAUUAUAGGCCGACUGAUAACGUUAUUAUUAGUUUUACCAGCAGGAUAAAUUGUUAUCAGUCAGUCUUGAACAAAAUGAAUCUCGCUCUUGUAGAUAAAUUGUAAUUAUAUAGAAAAAUAAGCAAUAUAGAAAAUGAAAAUUGGCAACAGUGGAACAGUCGAUUGUCAAUAAAUGGUCUCAAUUUUUUUUGGAAAUCGUACAUAUACUGUGAUAAGGCUUUUUAUUGGUUCGAGAUUGUACGUGCAUGGUUGCCAAUUUUUAUUAUUUUAAUAGGAUUUCAAGAUGCUUUUUUUUUUUUGAAUUAAAUAGUGUACUUUUCUUUAGUCAAAGGGGUUUUUGGUACACUGAUUUAAAAAGCCAAAUAAUAUGGUAUAGUGAUAUUUUUCAAAAAAAAAAAGAGAAAAUUUAAAAGCAAUAUUAUCUUAAUUUUUUCCUAUUUACACUAUGUAUUAAUUGAUUUUAAAAAGUGACAGAAAUAUUGGGGCAUAUUGUCCCCAAUGACCCUUUCUUAUCCUUGUAUGAUGAUGAUGAUGGAUAUUUCAUGAAAUGAUAUUUUAUCUAUGUAUAUAAUAUUAUAUAAUAUUUUUCAUUGUGUAUAUUGUUUUUAUAUGUAAAUAUAUUUUUGUUUAAUUCAAGUAAUAUAAUCGUUUACUAAACAA